UGGUAACCAUCGAGACUUUUACCUAUCAUUGCCUUCGUCGCCCGCCAAAUGCAACAAUGCCGCAGAUUGACAUGCCAAUGAAUACUGCACACCAACACGCCGCCAAUGCAGAGGACUUUCUCAACAACGGUCUACUUAUUCCAGCAGCAGAGGAGCAUUCGAAAGCCGCAGAAGCGUAUCUUGCUGCCGUAGAGAGGAGUACCGAUGAUUCAGCUAAACGUACACUGCAAAUGCUCUACAACGAACACCGGAAAGCUGGUACUGAGCUCGAGAGGAGAAUAGAGAAGCUCAGGGAGGACGGCAAGGACCCCCUCGUUCCUCAGAAACGCGAUAUACCCAAACUCUCAGCCACCCCCAAUUUCGUCGCUGAUUUUUCACCCAACUCUUCACCGCCUCCUCAAAGGCAUAUGACUGACUUGCAGGCCACCGUCGAUGAAUCUUUCAUGCUCCUAGGCGGUCAGCGUUCAGAUCCAGGCGACGCCUUCAAUCACUGGUGGAACUUCGUGCAGGCCAAAUUUGACCAACACUCAGAAGCAGUCGCGUUUGCCAGUGCACCUUUAGGUUUUCCCGAUACUGUUGCCACACCCCCGAGGACCACAACGCCGCCUAUUCACAGAGGACUGAACAGGGACUCCAGCCUCAGCAGCGACGAGGAACCCAUGAUGGUAAGGCUGACGAAACGACUUAGGCUUCCCGGAAUGUCCAAGGACGCAAAUCGUUCCCCCUCCAAGCCUAGCAAUCUGACGCUGGGUCCAAUAAAUCCUCCCUCAAUAGGAGAUUUUGGCGAAGAGAUAUUUGAUGAAGGCGACGAACUGUCUGAAUCUUUCUUCCUCAUACCUUCUGAUUCGGAGCCCUCAAACGCUGCACUGAAGAAAGAGAACAUCGGACUGAAAGUGGAGGUAGAAACUCUGCAACGGCGUUUAGAGGCUGCGGAAAAAGCCAUGGCCAUAAGAAAAGAACAAGACAUUCAACUCCGGGACAGUAUAUAUCAAGCGACGAAGGAAGUUGCUCAACGAACGAUGGGUACAUCCAUGAAUCUCCAGCGUACGGCAAUGGAUCUUAACCCGCAUGUACCGGUACCUCUACCAAUACCGGGUUAUCAUACUGCACGCGAAGCGCAGUAUGCCCGUCGGGUUAAGGAACUCGAAGAUGACCUCCGAGCUGUGAGAGUGGAAAACGAGAAGCAUAAAGCUAUGAUCGUCAAAUUCCGCGAUCAGUGGGAAAAGCUGAAGGCGUCAGCGAAAAGAAAGAAAGAAGCAAAGGCGAAAGCCGCUGCUGCAGAGCGAAUUGUAGAAGAGCCGGAAGCUGAGGAGCGACUGGAUGAUCACUGAAGUUGCGGGACCUGAGGCCUGAGGCGAAUACUCUUGUUUACGUGUGCGGACUCAGAACUGUAUUAGUAGCUGUAUCUAUGCCUUUUCUAAUGUCUAUCUUACAUUGAAUGAAGGAGAACUUGGCUUGUAUUCG